AUGGCUUCUUCCAACCCUUCCAACUUCGCCAACCUGCCCAAGGAUGAGCUCCGCGAGAUCGCUGCCAAGGGUGGCCAUGCUUCUCACGGUGGCGCUCACACCAGUGACUCGGCCAGCAAUGACCAUGCCGGUCGCAAUGCAGAUGGCACCUUCACCAAGGGCUCGAGUGUAGCGAGUGAACUUGGUGCUCAAGGCGGACAUGCUUCUCACGGCGGAGGUUCUAACGGCGGUGACAGCCAUGCCGGUCGCAACGCAGACGGUACCUUCACGAAGGGCUCUAGCGUUGCAAGCGAACUCGGUGCGCAAGGUGGACAUGCUUCUCACGGCGGAGUCUCCCAUGGCAGCGAUACCCAGGCUGGCCGCAAUCCCGACGGUACCUUCACCAAGGGCUCUGAUCUGGCCAAGGAGCUUGGGGCUCAGGGGGGACAUGCAGCUCAUGAGCAUCAGACCACGGCUGACGAUGGUCGCAACCCUGACGGCACGUUCAAAUCGGGUAGCAAGCUCGCCCACGAUCUCGGUGUUCAGGGAGGCCAUGCUGCUCACCAGCAGUAG